AGACAGUUUUCUCGCAUGUUCUCUGAAGUCCAGUCAGUUGUGCUCUCUUCCAUAGGGUUUUGCUGGGGGCAGUACAACCCCCACAUCCUCUCUAAGAGGACAUCUAUUGUGCAUCUCUUUGAAUGGCGCUGGGAGGAUAUUGCCCUGGAGUGUGAACGCUAUUUAGCUCCUAAUGGAUUUGGAGGAGUUCAGAUUUCACCUCCAAAUGAAAAUGUUAUUGUUACUGACCCCAAGCAGCCAUGGUGGGAAAGAUACCAACCUGUCAGCUACAAGCUGUGCACACGAUCUGGAAAUGAAACUGAAUUUAGAGACAUGGUGACCAGGUGCAACAAUGUUGGAGUAUAUAUUUAUGUGGAUGCAGUAAUCAACCAUAUGUGUGGAGCUAAUGCUGGUGCUGGUGACCAUGCCACUUGUGGAAGCUAUUUCAAUGCAAAGACUGAAGAUUUUCCAGCUGUGCCAUAUUCUGGCUGGGACUUUAAUGAUGGUAAAUGUAAAUCUAGAAGUGGAGACAUUGAGAAUUAUCAUGAUAUAUCUCAGGUCCGGGACUGCCGCUUGGUCAGCCUUCUGGAUCUGGCCCUGGGGAAGGACUACGUGCGCUCGAAGGUGGCUGAGUACAUGAACCAUCUCAUUGACAUUGGUGUAGCAGGCUUCCGAAUUGAUGCUGCCAAGCACAUGUGGCCUGGGGAUGUUAGGGCGUUUUUGGACAAGCUGAAAGAUUUAAAUACUACGUGGUUUCCUGAAGGAACUAAACCUUUCAUUUUCCAGGAGGUUCUUGACUUUUGUUUUGCGCUUCUCUCAGUCGUGUUGUUUUUUGUUCUUGGUUUGUUGUUUGUGUUUGAAUACUGUGUCCGGCUGGGGCCUGUGAUGCGGGUGUUUGCUGGUUUCAGUCUGGCGCUCUAUAAAAUGGCAGUUGGUUUCAUGCUGGCCCAUCCGUAUGGGUUCACACGUGUGAUGUCAAGUUUCCGCUGGCCAAGAUAUUUUGUUGAUGGAAAGGACAUCAAUGACUGGGUUGGACCCCCAAGUAACUCGGAUGGCUCAAUAAAGCCUGUGACAAUCAAUGAGGACACUACCUGUGGCAACGACUGGGUUUGUGAACAUCGCUGGCUAGCUUUUGGCCGUGGUAAUAAAGGCUUCAUCAUUUUCAAUAAUGAUGACUGGUCUUUGAAUGUAACUCUGCAGACUGGUCUGCCUGCUGGCACUUACUGCGAUGUCAUUUCUGGGCAAAAGAAUGGUGACCAUUGUACAGCAGUAGAAGUUCACGUUGCUGCUGAUGGCAUGGCAAAAUUCCUGAUUGGUAAUGAGGACGAAGACCCAUUCAUUGCCAUUCACAUUGAUGCUAAAUUGUAGCCAGAUCUGUUGUGCACCUGUUGUUUCUUCUCUUCUGUAUUUUUGCUAAGAACAUACAGGUGGGCCGAAUGUCCAGCACCAAAUGAACCAAGGUAGAGCAAAGUCUAUUAGUUAAUACUAAUGAAAUAGUGAGCAGCUGCUCUACAGAGACAGGAGCUAGUGGUGCCAGUGCACAUCUGGGAGUGGUGCUGUACACCUGUUUGCAUUUUUAAGUGUGCUUUAUUCAGUUAAAAUACUCAUACAAAAUGAAAGGAGAAAAUUAAAAUUACUUAAUUUAAAAUGGUGCUGCUCUGUGCAUGAGUGGAAGUAGUGCAGUUGUCUUUAGGGGCAAGUGGGACUGGGAAUUGACAGGAUGUCCAAAAACCAAGAGAAGACACUUUUGUGCUGAAACAUGGCACAAUUCAAGUUGCUUCCAAAUGAUAACUCAGUUGAAAAUGUGUUUCCUCUGUUGAUCUGUACGUUCUCUGUAUCUAGUGAAUAAAAAAUGGCAUUCAAAUCAA